AUGACAAACCUGAUCCAAGGGAAGACAAAAGAAUCUAGGUACAAAUUUCUCGGCGCGAGCGAGCAAACUCGUAUAACAGUGCGGAAGAUGCGCCAAGUCACGGGAACUUUCAUGUAUAUGCAAGACAAAGACAUAGCAGAGAUAUUUGCGAAAGAGAAGAAUAUGAUAGGAGAAAUGAUGGGCUACAUCGAUAGAGAGUUGCCUAGAAUCCCGAAGAUAAUGAGGGAUGGACCGUUGUGCACACCAUGCGUUGAUUUCAUGGACUUCAAUCUAAAAGCACUAAACCAAGAGUGGGAUUCUAAAAGGAAGACAGACGAGUUUAAAUCUGAUGCGAAAGACGACAAGGCUACACAAGAUCGCAAACAGGCUCUCAAGGCGAUACAUAAGGAAAUUUUCGAACUUAUCAAGAAGACCGAGGCUGCAUGGGACAAAGUCAAGAAUUGGGACAAGCCAAAAGAUUGGUAA